AUGUCUCUGAAUCAAACACAGAUCAAGCAGGAAAUCACCCUCCCACCCGGCCUGAGCAAAACAAUUCCACAGCAAAGCCAAGAGCCUGUGCCAAGCACUGAGCCAGCCCCAUGUCCACAGCAGCAACCUGAAGUCCAAGUCCCAACACCUUGCCCAGAACCAGUGCCAGUAGUAGUGGCAGUAUGCCCAGAGAAGACAACGCUGUUGCCAACGCCGGUGGUGGAACCAGGCAGGGGAGAAACUCCCGUGGUCGUAAUCCCCAAGUGCCCAGCCCACGAACAGCAGCAGCAGCAGCAAUGCAAGGUGCCACCAACUGUCCCACCUGUAUCGUGCCCUGAGCCUGUUCCAUGCCCUGAAGAGCAGUCAGCGUGCAAAGAGCUGCCUGAAACUCCUGUGCCUGUUCCUGUCACCUGCCCAGAGGCAGCCGCAUGUCCCCAAGAGGAGCAGCAGUGUAAGGAAACUCCUGUGCCAAUCCUCGCUACCUGCCCGGAGGCUGCAGCAUGUGCCCAAGAGAAACAGCAGUGCAAGGAGAUCCCUGUGCCAAUCCCUGUUUCAUGCCCUGAACCUGCACAAUGUCCCCAGGAGAAGCAGGAGGGCAAGGAGAUCCCCGUGCCUGCUUCAUGUCCUCAGGAGAAGCAGGAGUGCAAGGAGCCCCCUGUGCCAAUCCCUGUUUCCUGCCCUGACCCCACACCAUGUGCCCAAGAGAAGCAGCAGUGCAAGGAGACCCCCGUGCCAAUCCCUACCCCUGUGCCGAUCCCCGUUUCACGCCCUGAACCCACAUCGUGCCCCCAGCAGGAGCAGGAGUGCAAGGAGAUCCCUGUGCCCACUCCAUGCCCUCAGGAGAAGCAGGAGUGCAAGGAGAUCCCCGUGCCAAUCCCCGCUUCCCUCCCAGAGAAGUGUCCUCCCAUGGAGCAGCAGCAGGUGAAGCAGCCCCACCAGUGGCCGCUCCUGCAGAAGUAA